AUGGAUCCCACUGGGCCAUCAUCUGGGACCCCAACGGGGGUACCCGUACGGCUCCGGUACCCGAUUUUCCCCCUAGGCCCUCGAAACCGCAAUUGUACUAGAGACCAUCUCUUGACCAGACUCUCUGGGGGGGACUUCAAAACGUCGAGGGGACAGAUAGUCGACCAGGAGUACCUAAACGUGGUCCGGGGUAGUAGAAUAUUCUCGCGGUGGUCAAGAAUGCUUUACUGCAUAGUUGAAGUCGACCUCCACAUGUCAGAUGGGAAAGACCUAGCGCUCUCUAUGAGAGCCCUAGAGAAUUCAGUACGAAUUGCCACAGGUUGGGACAAUCUGGAGGCCGUGACGGUCUAUGCUGUCAUCAAACCUGCCAUACUGUGGGCCGUCAGCGUCGUCAUCGCUGUGAUAUUUUCGACGGUGGCGUUAAUGUUAGACCACAAGGAGGCGAAGGCGUAG